UGGGCCCCUAUACCGCCUCCUCAUGCUGCUGCCAGGCCCCUAAUCUGCCAUGGGCCCCUAUAUACCGCCUCCUCAUGCUGCUGCCAGGCCCCUAAUCUGCCAUGGGCCCCUAUAUACCGCCUCCUCAUGCUGCUGCCAGGUCCAGAGUCUCUCAUGGGUCCCUGUACGGCCUCCCAUUGCUGCUGUCUCCAUCGCCACACUCUGCCAUGUGCCACUUUCAGGUCUCCUCACACUCCUGCUGGUUUCCAUUUUGUCAUAGGUUGCUGUAUGGCCUCCCAUUGCUGCUGCCUCCACCGCCACACUGUGGCUCCAAACACUGGUUUUGGCCCCGUGACUGGCCAAAUGAGUGAAGUGUGCGGUGAUUCUAAGAUCGACGGCACUCAUCUGCAUGUCAUACUGACUGACAGUAUUAUUUCUCUUCCCCAGCAGACUCCAAGGGCAUUUAAAUUAAAGGUACAGUGUUCUGCACUAAUAUUA